UCUGUCCCAGAAUUAAAGUCAUAAUGGGUUUGGGGGAGUAACUUGGGAGUGGCUGAGGAAACCCUGCACCUUGUAAGGACCAUAUGCAAUGUUGUUGCAACAAUCAAUUAUAGAUCCAGUUAGCCUCAGUUUACUAUCCCCUCCAGGUAAACUAACACAGGUACUAGAUAAGUAAGUGUUCCCUGUACGUACCCACAACAUCCGAAUCUUUUAGCUACAGUAGCUUGGCUACAAGAAGUUCUUCAGUAGAUCUAUGUGGUGUGCAACUUGGGAGGGCCUGCCUAAUUAGCGGACAUCUGUCCUUUGCAGCUGUGUAAAAAUAAUUGCAACGCAUUUUCUUUUACGCGGCUGGUUGGAACUCAAUAAGCCCCAUAACUGUUACAGUCCAAGUUCUAACUUAGUAGUCUGCAGUCAAUCAGAACUCAGAUGCAUUUUCAGAAGCAAAAUGAUAACAGUAUCCAAACCGGAAACAGACUGUGUAGUGCAGGUGACGUAACAAGUUUAUAGCAGUCACCAGAGAUUCCAUUUGGAGGUCCCACGCAUUGCCUACACCCAACGCUCUCUGCAUUGUCAGUUUUGGCUUUCAGUUUUAAUUCUGGUCUGCUAGUGUUUGAAUAUUUUCUAUCUAUUUUCCAAUGGCAACACAAUCAGGAAGACAUAUAAGAAGUAUAGAAAAGUCAAUUGUGCUUUCCGUGAGAGAUUUCUUUGUGAAAGAAAAGGAGGAUGGCCCCAUCCUUCUGGACAAACCGAUCCAGAGAGUAGCAGAAGCAACAGGGAUGCACCAGAGAACAAUCUACAGAAUCUGCAGAGAACAUAAAGAUAAGGGACAUAUUGAAAGUCCAAGGAAGAGAGGGAGAAAAGAACACAGUGGACCAGUUAGAGAGUACACAGACAAUUUUCAAGAGGCUGUAAUCAGGAGAAGAAUUCAUAAAUUCUACACUGACAAAGUCUUCCCCACAUUAACACUACUCCACGCUGCUCUAGUAGAAGAAGAGGAGUUUCCAUAUUCAAGGGCAAGUUUGCAUAGGAUCAUUAGCAGAAUGGGCUUUCGACAUAAAACUAUGAACAGAAAAAAAUGUUUAUACGAACAGCACCGCAUUGUGGCCUCACGAGCCCAAUACCUGAAAGAAAUCAAACGAUUUCGAUCAGAAGGUAGGCCUAUUAUCUACCUUGAUGAAACAUGGCUAAAUCAGCACCAUACAGUGACAAAAUGCUGGACAGACUAUGACGGGAAAGGUGGCCUCAAGAUUCCUAGUGGUAAAGGAAAACGACUCAUAAUCCUUCAUGCAGGUUGUGAGCAAGGGUGGAUUGAUGGAGCUGAACUGAUUUUUGUUGGCAAAAGAGACUCAGGCGAUUAUCACAACGAAAUGAAUAUUUUACAUUUCAUGGAGUGGUUUAGAGAGAAGCUGUUACCAAACUGUCCACCUCGAUCUGUGAUUGUGUUGGAUAAUGCCAAGUACCACAACGCAGUUGUUGAAAAAAUACCAACCAAGUCAAGCAGAAAACAGGAUAUGUUAGACUGGCUUGCAAAGCAUAAAAUUCGCCAUGAAAAGAAGAUGUUAAAAGCUGAACUAUAUUUCUUAAUUUGGGCAACCAAUCCUGUUUCUGUAUACCAAACAGACGUCUUUGCACAAGAAAAGGGACACAGCUGUUUGCGUCUCCCUGUUGGUCACUGUGAACUAAAUCCUAUAGAGCUCGCAUGGGCACAAGUCAAAGGUUAUGCAGCUAGAAAGAAUACAGGGAUCAGUGGUUUUACUAUGGAGAACAUUUUGCAACUUGCCAGAGAAGGAAUGCUGGAAGUCACACCAGAUCGAUGGGCUGGCUGUGUGGAACAUGUAAGAGAAAAGGUGGAGAAGCACUAUUGGGAAGUAGACGGACUGAUGGACGACCUAGUUGAGCGAAUGGUAAUAGAAGUAGGCCAUGGCGACACCUCGAGCUCUGAGUCUGAAGAAACUGUUAGCGAUACAGAAAGUGACUAACUGUUGACCUUUGGUAUUGUACAGGGCGUAGCAACAGCAGGUAGCUAAUUUAUAUGUCCAUUAGAGUAUCAACUUCAGUCUCAAUUACAGUCUUUAUCUUAAAGAGUUGAAACUAAUUUGGCAAGCUAUGCAUUUAGAGAACGUUGAUUGACAUAACUCCACCCUCUAUCUCAUUAUAUUUCCAAAGUGUGCUGUAUCUCCUCUCUAAUACACCCUAUGAACAACACGUUGCCAUAAUUGAAUAAAGGGAAUCAAGAGCUAUCCAAUGAUGCCCGUAUCAAUCCCGUAUCUUCCAAAGUGGCCCCUCAGCUGCCCGUUUUCG